AUGUUCUGCAAGCGCGUUGCCAUGGGCCUGUUGGCCGCCGCUGCCGCGGUUUCCGCCAGCGAUGUCACCCAGUUGAAGAAGGAUGACUUCAACGACUUCAUCAAGACCAACGACCUUGUCCUUGCUGAGUUCUUCGCUCCCUGGUGCGGUCACUGCAAGGCCCUCGCCCCCGAAUACGAGGAGGCCGCCACCUCCCUCAAGGAGAAGAACAUCAAGCUCGUCAAGGUCGACUGCACUGAGGAGGCCGACCUCUGCCAGGAGUACGGCGUUGAGGGCUACCCCACCCUCAAGGUCUUCCGUGGCCCCGAGAGCGUCUCCCCCUACUCCGGCCAGCGCAAGGCUGCUGCCAUCACUUCCUACAUGGUCAAGCAGUCCCUGCCUGCCGUCUCUCUCCUGACCAAGGACACCCUCGAGGAGUUCAAGACCGCCGACAAGGUCGUUCUCGUUGCCUACAUCGACGCCUCUGACAAGGCCUCCAACGAGACCUUCACCAAGGUCGCCGACAAGCUCCGCGACACCUACCUCUUCGGUGGCAUCAACGAUGCCGCUGUUGCCGAGGCUGAGGGCGUCAAGGCCCCCGCCAUCGUCCUCUACAAGUCUUUCGACGAGGGCAAGGCCACCUUCACUGACAAGUUCGACGCUGAGGCCAUUGAGACCUUCGCUCAGACCGCCGCCACCCCCUUGAUCGGUGAGGUCGGCCCCGAGACCUACUCCGGCUACAUGUCUGCCGGCAUUCCCCUCGCCUACAUCUUCGCCGAGACCCCCGAGGAGCGUGAGGAGCUUGGCAAGGACCUCAAGCCCAUCGCCGAGAAGUACCGCGGCAAGAUCAACUUCGCCACCAUCGACGCUAAGGCGUUCGGUGCCCACGCCGGCAACCUCAACCUCAAGACCGACAAGUUCCCGUCGUUCGCCAUCCAGGAGACUGUUAAGAACCAGAAGUUCCCCUUCGACCAGGACAAGAAGAUUACUCACGACGGCAUCGCCAAGUUCGUCGAGGACUUCUCCAGCGGCAAGAUCGAGCCCAGCAUCAAGUCUGAGCCCAUCCCUGAGUCUCAGGACGGCCCCGUCACCAUCGUUGUCGCCAAGAACUACGAGGAGAUUGUCCUUGAUGACAAGAAGGAUGUCUUGAUCGAGUUCUACGCUCCCUGGUGCGGUCACUGCAAGGCUCUGGCCCCCAAGUACGACCAGCUUGGUGAGCUCUACGCCAAGUCCGAGUUCAAGGACAAGGUUGUCAUCGCCAAGGUUGACGCCACUACCAACGAUGUUCCCGAUGAGAUCCAGGGCUUCCCCACCAUCAAGCUCUACCCCGCCGGUGCCAAGAAGGACGCCGUCACCUACUCCGGCUCCCGCUCUAUUGAGGACCUCAUUGAGUUCGUCAAGGAGAACGGCAAGUACAAGGCUGAGGUCUCCGUCAAGGAGGAGGGCGCCGAGGAGAGCCAGGCCGCUCCUGCUGCCACCGAGUCUGAGAAGAAGGAGAAGGCCAAGGAGACCAAGGAGGCCAAGAAGGAUGACGACCACGAUGAGUUGUAA